AUGAUUUCUACCAAUGAUAAGAAUAACACAACAACGGUUGAAGAUUCCAUCGAUACCACUUUGAAUGAUGUGGAUGAUAAAGCCUCAUCAUCAUCUCAAACACAACAACAACCACAACAACAUGAAACAACAGAACAACAAUUUACAUCAUCGGAAGAGCCUCUUUUCCAUACUUUGGGCUCAGAUGAUAAUAUGCCUUUGGAGAUUGAAAGUUUUUGCGUUGGAUGUGAGAAGAAUGGUGUUACACGAUUGUUAUUCACUAAAAUUCCUCACUUUAGAGAAGUGAUUAUUUCAAGCUUUAACUGUCCUCAUUGUGGCUUAAGAAAUCAAGAGGUUCAAUUCGGAGGCUCUUAUGGUGCUUAUGGUGUUACCAUCACGUUGAAGGUUGAAAAGAAAGAAGAUUUGAAUCGGCAAAUUGUCAAGUCAGACUAUGCUACUUUGAGAAUACCAGAAAUCGAUUUUGAAAUACCAGAGAACACUCAAAAGGGAACUUUGACAACUGUUGAAGGAGUUAUCUCAACAGCCAUUGAUAACUUGUUGGAAAAUCAACCAGCUAGAAGAGUGAUACAGCCAGCUGUUGCAGCAAAGAUUGAUGAAUUUAUUGAAAGAGCAAGACACUUGAUUUCUGGAGAGGGUUUCCCAUUCACUGUUAUUAUUGACGAUUAUUCUGGAAAUUCCAACAUUGAAAAAUUAGUCACACCACAUGAUCCUCAAAUCUUAAUUAAGCAUUAUGCUAGAAAUAAGGAGCAAACUGAAAAGAUGGGUCUUUCUCUUGGAGCUCAACAUUACAUAGAAGGGGAACAGGAACAGAAAAAGACUGCUGAAACAAGCACAAACGAAAAGCAACUACUUGCAAGUUUUUCUUCAAUCAUUACCAACGAAAAAGAUGCUGAAUUGCUGCAAGAGAGGUUAAGUACACCAGAUGAAAUUUUCACAUUCACAGAAAAGUGUUAUGGAUGUGGCACUGAAGGUGUUUUGAGAAUGAUGCCUCUCGUUGUUCCAUACUUUAAAGAAAUUAUUUUAAUGGCAUUCAAGUGUGAUCAUUGUGGAUACAAGACCACUGAAGUGAGAGCCGGAGGUGCCAUUGCCCCGCAAGCUACCAAGAUUACCCUCAAAGUUUCCAACCCAGAGGACUUGAGUAGGGAUGUUUUGAAGAGUGAGACAGCCUCAUUAGAUAUUCCAGAACUUGAGUUGCAUGUAGCACAAGGUUCUCUUGGUGGUAAAUUUACAACAGUUGAAGGUCUUUUGAUGAACAUUAAGGAAAAGCUCACUGAGGCAAAUCAAUUCAGAGUUGGAGACAGUAGCGCAGAAAAGGAAACCUUUACUCGAUUCUUGACAACUAUUGAUGACAUGCAAAAUGGAAAAUUCUUCCCUUGGACUCUCAUUAUUGACGAUCCUGUUUCCAAUAGCUAUGUUCAAAAUUUAUUCGCUCCUGAUGACGAUCCAUACCUUACCAUUGAACACUACGAUAGAACAUUUGAGCAAAAUGAAGAACUUGGCUUGAAUGAUAUUAAGACUGACUAA